AUGGAGGGCAUAGAGCACAGAAUAGUGAAGGUAAAUGGCAUAAACAUGCACGUUGCAGAGAAAGGCAAAGGCCCAAUAAUUCUCUUCCUCCAUGGCUUUCCUGAGCUUUGGUUCUCCUGGAGGCACCAGAUCCUGGCCUUAUCUUCCUUAGGGUACCGCUGUGUGGCUCCCGACCUCCGUGGGUUCGGCGACACCGAGGCGCCGCCUUCGCAGACCAGCUACACGUGUCUGCAUGUGAUUGGCGACCUGGUUAUGCUGAUCGAUGGGAUUGCCGGCAAGGAUGAAAAAGUAUUUGUGGUGGGACAUGAUUGGGGAGCUUACAUGGCGUGGUACUUGUGCCUGUUCAGACCUGAUAAAAUCGCAGCUUUGUUUAACACAAGUGUGGUGUUUAAACCCUUUGCGGGGAACAUAAGACCUCUUGAUGGCUGCAGAGCUUUCUUUGGUGAUGACUAUUACAUCUGCAGAUUUCAGGAACCAGGAGGGAUAGAAGGUGAGAUUGCAGAGCAUAUUGGUGUAGAGAGAUUUAUAAAGGGAUUCCUAACAUAUAGGAUUCCAGGUCCAAUUUAUUUGCCUAAAGGGAAAGGAUUUGGGCAUUUACCUGACACUCCAAUUGUCUUACCCCCUUGGUUGUCAGAGGAAGAUGUCAAGUACUACACCACCAAAUUUGAGAAGACGGGAUUUACUGGAGGAGUUAACUAUUACCGCAACUUGGACUUGAACUGGGAACUCGUACAAUGGUCGGGAGGUAAAGUAAAUGUACCAGUGAAAUUUGUGGUGGGGCAGGAGGACCUGUGCUAUCAUUUACCAGGAGUGAAAGAGUAUAUUCACAAUGGUGGAUUUAAGAAAGAUGUUCCGUUGUUGGAUGAAGUAGUUGUAAUGGAAGGAGCUGCCCACUUCAUUCAACAAGAAAAGCCUCGGGAGAUUACCAAACACAUUUAUGACUACUUUCAGAAAUUCUGA